UCCUGCGGUGAAACGGUGAACAAGCCGCUCAAACAUUCAAUAUGGCGUUCGACAUGUCUGUUUUACCCGGCAGUGGCUCUUUCGGAUUUCAUGGAAACCACACUCCAGCAACAAACUUGUACGAGAUGGGAGGACGUCAGAGAACGCUAUUCCCUAUGACCACUGCCACUUCUGUACUCGGCCUGAAGUUUGACGGAGGUGUCAUUAUUGGCGGUGACAUCCUUGGUAGCUACGGAUCCCUCGCCCGCUUCAGAAAUUGCCCUCGACUUCUAAAAGUCAAUGAUCAGAUCAUUGUUGGAUCAAGUGGAGAUUAUGCAGAUUUCCAAUUUCUGAAGGGUGUUAUCGAGCAGAAAAUUAUCGGCGAUGAAUGCCUCAACGACGGGUUCAAGAUGAAGCCGAGAUCUCUCUACUCCUGGCUCACUCGGGUUAUGUACAACAGGCGGUCCAAAUUUGAUCCUUUGUGGAACACAUUUGUUGUUGCGGGAUUAGAAGACGGAGUUCCGUUUCUUGGCCAUGUUGAUCUUCGUGGAACAGCAUAUGAGGCGUACAGCAUAGCCACAGGUUAUGGCGGUUACAUUGCCCAGCCACUUAUGGCGGAGGCCUACGAAAGCAAAGGAGGGCACCUAACAAAAGAGGAGGCUCGUGAGGUUCUCGUCAAGUGCCUGAGGAUUCUCUUUUACAGGGACAGCCGUGCCUUUAAUAAGUAUCAAAUUGGCACGGUUACCUCUGAAGGCGUUUCAAUCGAGGGUCCCUUCGAGUUAGAUACCAACUGGGAGUCAGCUACCUUUUACAAGCAGGCCGCUUGAAGAUAGACACUGCACUCUUCACCGUUCUUAAUAAAUGUACUUGAAAGAAAA